CAGAGGGCACUUAGAUAAGUUUGUUUGUUGUUGAUCACAAAGCUAUAUAAAUGGAAUAUCGGUACUAUGCUCAAAAUGGAUAUCGAAACUCGAGGUUAUCACGACCAAUAACACAAUUGUUGAUGUAACGGAAAUGUUGAUUGGUGCGAACAGCAGCAACAUUCCCAGUUGGAGAGUACGGUGUCAGAUACGGUUAACGAUCAACCAGCAAGUUCUUGCAGUUACAUUCGUAGCUCGGUCAACGCGUGCUGAACGCUCCUGUUUUUGUAGAUGAGGCACAGUCAUGAGGUACAGACCGUAUUACUGGAUCAUCCAAAUGAUUCUUGCGGUAUUAAUUCAAGCUGAAGGUUUGUCCACUUCAGUCGCUAGAGGGCCAUCUUUUAUUUUGGAACCUCCUAACCAUGUGAGCUUUUACAACACUUCUGGAGUAAUUAUUCCGUGUUCAGCAACUGGAAAUCCACUACCAGUUGUUUUAUGGACUGAUGGUCUUGGAAAUAGAUUGGAGGACAUACCUGGUCUGCGUCGCAGUCGGUCUGAUGGCUCUUUAAUAUUUUCGUCUUUUCCUGUCGACCAGUACCAGCAGUCUGUGCACUCAACUUUCUAUCGUUGUGUAGCUUCAAACACAGUCGGCACGAUUGGAAGUAGAGAUGUACACGUGCGAGCAGUCAUCUAUCAAGAUUUUAAAGUUCAGGUCCAUAAUGGAGAUGUUAUACGUGGAAAUACUGGGGUCCUCAAAUGCCACGUUCCAAAUUACCUUAAGGAUUACACUACUAUAACGUCGUGGACACGUGAUGAUGGUCAUAUGAUUUUUUCAUUGCAUUCUUACGAUUCAGAUUCCAAGUAUAUCUUCUUUCCUAGUGGAGACCUCCAUAUUCGAAAUACACAAACUUCAGACUCUAUCAGGCGUUAUAAGUGCCACGUGACAGACCGCCUCGCUGAUCGAAGUGUUAGCAGCGCCAUCUCGGGCAGAUUGAUUGUAAGAGAAUCACACACCACUCAAGCUCCAUUAUUCGUCCAUUUUGAUAAAAAUGUUCGAACUAAAGAAGGGUCAACUGUCAGUUUACCUUGCCUGGCUCAUGGCUAUCCAACACCACGUUAUGCAUGGUACGUUUCGGACAAUGGUCAUAUGACCAUCAUAGACAAGGAUCAACGCAUUGACCAGGUUGAUGGAACACUAAUUAUUCGACGAGUGACCGUUAAGGAUGCUGGGCUCUAUUUCUGUAUGGCCAGUAAUGAUGUUGGACAAGAAAGAAGAGACGUCCAACUUGAUGUUAUAGCAACAUUAGAGGUGCUUAUCCACCCUGACUACCAGGAAGUUGAUUCAGGAAAUCCAGCUGUAAUAAACUGUACGGUAAAAGGCUACCCAAUACUCUCAGUAAGCUGGUGGAAAGACGAGCGUCCUCUGAUGGCGGAUCGGAGGAUUAUGUUUCCGAGUCCAGAGAGUCUAUAUAUCAAUCCAACAAGACAACAAGACGGUGGAAUGUAUCAAUGCUAUGUGAAAAACGCCGAAGAGUCAGCCCAAGGUGCCGCAAGUCUUAUCAUUUCAGCAAAACCCCCUGUACUGAAAUCACGCUUUCCUAGUCAAGUUGUAAAUCCUGGGUCCCAGGUCUCUUUAACCUGCAUAGCAGCGGGAAACCCUCUACCCCAGAUAACAUGGUCGACGUAUCUCGAACCAGUACAGGAUAGCAAUAGAGUCAGAGUUGGAGAUUAUGUUAGCAAAGAUGGAGAUGUCAUCAGCUUCGUGAACUUUACUCGAAUCAAAAUCAUAGAUGGUGGAAUUUACCAGUGUACAGCAGCGAACGAUAAUGGAGUAGUAUCUCACGAAGCACGUAUAAAUGUCGCUGGUCCUCCUGUAAUUCGUCCAAUGAAAAAUAAAACUGUUGUGGGCGGUACUAACGUGCUACUCAACUGCCCCGUUGGAGGAUAUCCAAUUAAACAGAUCACAUGGGAAAAAGGUACCCGACAGUUACCACUUGGAAGGAGACACAGUCUGUUUCCAAACGGCACACUCUUGAUUAGCAAGAUCCAUCGACUGGAAGAUCAGGGAAGAUACGCAUGCAAAGCUAAAGGAGAGGAUGGCCGAAUAGCAGAACAAGAACUUCAUUUAAGAAUACUGGUGCCGCCUGUGAUAACACCGUUUUCCUUUCCUGCUGCUCCAAAAGAGGGCAUUCGGACCAGUGUAUUGUGUAUUGUUCAAGAGGGUGACCCGCCGAUUCAAAUCACUUGGUUGAAAGAUGGGGUCACACUGGAACCUAGAAUGAACCUAUCAGUGGAACAGACUAAUAUGUUUAUGUCUUCAUUAAUCAUCGAGAAGCUACAGUCAGAUCACAGUGCCACGUACACUUGUGUUGCAUCAAAUGAAGCAGCAGUUGUGAACUACUCCUCACCUUUGGUUGUAAAUUCACCACCACGUUGGAAAGUCGAGCCUAUGGACAUAUCCGUUGUUAUCGGAAGUUCCGCUAUGUUACACUGUCAAGCUUUCGGAAGACCAGAACCACGUGUGAUAUGGAAAAAAGCAACAGAUGAGUUGUCGACGCAAUAUCAUACUGUCAUCAGCGGCGCCAGAAUUCAGACUUUAGUCAAUGGUUCACUAGUCAUCCACCAGGUGUUGCAAAACGAUCAAGGCAAAUACAUGUGUGAGGCCAGCAAUGGAGUUGAUUCUUCAUUAAGCACCAUCGUUGAACUUAAUGUUCAUGCGUCACCUACGUUUGAAGUAAAAUUUACGUCACUUACUGUGAAAGAAGGAAAUAGCGUGAGCCUCACAUGUGAAGCCCACGGUGAUAAGCCAGUGUAUUUUGUUUGGUAUAAGGAUCACCAGGAGCUCCAGAUAGAACGUCAACAAAGGUAUGUUUUGGACGCUAUAUCCAGUGAUGACGUCACAAGGUCAGAACUCAUCAUCUACUCGGCUAACAGGGCCGACUCGGGAAGCUACUUGUGUCAAGCUAAAAACAAUUGGGGUAGUGAUGACCGAAGUCUCCAACUACAGGUGCUAGGUAUUCCUGAUUCACCUCGAAAAAUAGAGAUAAAAAGCGUAGAAGCCCGAAGUAUCACGUUAUCAUGGUCUGAACCGUUUGAUGGAAAUAGACCCAUCUGUAAAUAUAUGGUUCAAUAUAAACGAGAAGAAAGUGUUGACCAACAAGUGGAGGAACUAGUUCUAGAAUCAGAUCAAAGAGAGAUCACCAUCAGAGACUUGCAGCCUUUGACUCGUUAUCACUUCACUUUAUAUGCAGAGAACGAUAUCGGAAGAAGUCAGUCAAGUGAUGUGGUUUCCGCUACAACUGAUGAGGAAGCACCACAGGAUCCACCCGAGAACGUUAAGAUUAUAGAAACAAGUUCCCGCAGUAUAAAAAUAUCAUGGAAGACUUUUUCGUCGAAAUCUGAGCGCAGUAGAAUUAAAGGAUUUUAUGUCGGGUAUCGAAUCCACGACUCUAAUAACCCCUACGUGUACAAAACAGUAGAACAGGGUGUUAAUAUGGAGCAAAUAGAUGGACUACUCUCGGGCAGGACAUAUGGUAUAGUAGUUCAACCUUUUAAUGCGAAGGGAGCUGGCCCUGUGAGCAAAGAGGUCCUUGCGCAGACUUUGGAGUUUGACCCGCCAAAAGCUGUAAGUGUUAUGGUGUUAUCAACUACGUCAUCAUUGGUUCAACUUCAUUGGACGAGAGCAAGUGAAGAUACUAACCCGAUCACAGGCUAUAUAAUUCACUUCCGACUUAAGGAUGGGACUACCUGGUCUGAAAGUCAGGUUUCUGGAGACAAAAACAUUCACUCAGUAACAGGAUUACAGUGUGGAAAAACCUAUCAGUUUUUUAUAACUGCUUUUAAUUCUUUGGGUAGAAGUGACCCCAGUAAUAUCGUCAUCGGUACAACUAAAGGCUCAGCUCCGGAGGCGCCAUCACAACACGACUUAAUCUCUUAUAACUCCACUAGUUUGACGUUUAACUUAGGCAGUUGGAGUGAUGGGGGUUGUACUAUACAACACUUUCAGCUUCAAUAUAAAGCUCAAAGUCAAAUGGAGUGGACUGUAGCUAGUUCCAAAAUCUACCCAGAACAACAGGUAGUGGUUGUCUCCGAUCUGAAGCCGGGAACGUGGUACUCUGUUCUCGUGACUGCUGUUAAUAGUGCCAGUGUCGUGGAGGAGGAAUACAGAGUAGCGACGCUUACUCUUACUGGUGCUACUAUGGUCCCCCCUGGCGACACUAGCUCCAGGAGUAGACAUCGAAGUCUCUAUGUCAUCGUUCCUGUGUGUUGUGCCGCUGUUGUUAUAAUCGCUAUUACUCUAGCCCUUUUCUUUAUCCUAUGUCGUGGACGAACUUCAGCAUCUUCUAACGAAGGCGUACAUAGCUUGGAUGAGCCCAAAGGAGACGCUAUUCCAAUGGCAAACAUUGAAAAACAGUAUGAUGAUGCUAAUGAAUCAGCUUACUUCCCUUCUCCUUACGCUACCACUCGCGUCCCUGUCUUUUCUCAUGAAAUGAUGUCUCGAGAGGGCGCACCAGGAUGCCGUAGUCUUGUUCGUUCCUCCACAAGAGGGCAUGAAAACAGCUAUGACGUUCCACAACCGAGGAGAACUAAGUGUAAAGCCUUGUUCGACCAAACCUCAGAGCAUAAAGCCGGAAGUGACGCAAGUUCUGAUUGUGACAUCGUCAAUGAUCGCCUUGAAGGCUAUGAACAACCACAGAAGUCCAUCAGACCUAAAAACUUGGAAACGUCAAUAUAUCCAAUCAGUUCUUUUAAAGAAAAUAAAUGGUCAACACCAAAUUAUGGAACAAGAAGUGACUGUGCUCGUAGUUCAAUAUACAGUCCCAUACAUUUAAUCUCGUCCUCGAUAAUCCAUGACGGUCUAGAACCUUCAGACACGGAAUGUGACAGAGAUUUACCCGACAACAAGAAAAUGGUGGUGAAACAAAGAAUCAGCUCGCAAUGUCCUUCUCACCAGCAACUGCUUUCCUCCAGAUAACAGAACUUGUGAAUUUUUCUCUUAUCAUUUCAGCCUCACUUCAAUUGAUAUUUAAAUGUGUUCAGUAUGUUUAUUCAUGUUCUGUGAUAUAAUUAAACAAUUUGUGUGACCCUAUAAGUAUUGCAUUUUUAUAUGAAUUGUGUCUUCACCUGUAUAACAGCCACCGCUUCAGCUUAUAAGUAUAUAAAUAUAGCCUCUUUUAAAAUUGUGUUAAAUCUUAAGAUUGAUCAUGUUAAAAUAAGAAUUAUCAUGGCUUUUAAAUUUUUAUUACAUAAUUCUUAUUAUAUGCAAUCCAAAUGUAAUAUAUAAGUUACAUAAAAAUUCAAAAAGUAUUGAAAUGUGCUGAAUUUUAAAGAACAUACAAAAACAAAAAUAAUAAUUAAAACUAGAAUAGUCAUGCAGCUAUUACAAAUAGUUGGUUUUAAUUCGUAAUUAGUAAACGUCUUUUAAGGAGAAGUUGGAUGAUCAUGAAAUAAUUGUUUGAAAAUGAUUGAUGGAAAUAAGUUGAUCCCAAGUUUCACAGCAUAUGAAUGAAAGUUUCUGAUCAGCUUUAUUAGAAACUCACACAUAGGUAUAUGUUUUUAAUUGACACAUUGUUUACCGAUAUGGGUAGCUUUACAUUUCAGCAUAAUUAUAUUUGUAGAUGGCUCUUGAAAGUAGAAAGUAGUUUGUAAAUCAUGAGAAGUGGUUCGAAAGCUCCUUGUAGUAGUAGUAGUAGUAGUAGUAACUUUUGGUUAAUGCAUGUCCACUCUAUGUCCACGAUACAGAAAUAUCAAGAUGGUUUUUGAUUUUCCUUUUUGUUCGUGUAAUACCUUCUUUAAAUAUUGUCAUACUGCAAUUUCCUUGUAUGCAUUGCUAGUAAUGGUAUUUGUAGCUUUCAAAUUAUCUGAAAAAUGUUUGUAAUAUUGUCAUGAUGACCUUUUUAUUUACCUAUACUCCUGUU